GUUUGGCCCGUGCGUGGGGCUGGGGUGGAGGGCGGGACAGAGGGGCCGGGCGCAGGCGAAGCUCCUGUCGCUGCUGCAGCUGAGGCCGAGGCCGGGAUCUGGACCGGGCCGGAGAGUGCCGGACGCGGAGGAGCUGGAGGCGACGUCCGCCGGAGCUUCGAGUCCCCGCCGCUCUGCCGCUCUGUGACCUCGCACCCAAGCGGCGUUCGGACCCGUGGCUGUUCUCGAGGAGAUUGGUGGGGUCGCGGCGGCAGCGGUUGGGGGUGGGGAGACGCACGGCGAGGAGAGGAGAGAGGUCAGCGAGUUUGAGGGAGGACCGAGAGCUGUGCUGCCGUCAUGUCCGAGGAGUCGAGCGCCCUGCCCUGGUCCAUCAACAGGGACGAUUACGAGCUGCAGGAGGUGAUCGGGAGUGGAGCAACGGCUGUGGUCCAAGCAGCAUAUUGUGGCCCUAAAAAGGAGAAAGUGGCAAUCAAACGGAUAAACCUCGAGAAGUGUCAGACGAGCAUGGAUGAGCUUCUGAAAGAAAUUCAAGCCAUGAGUCAGUGUCAUCACCCUAACAUUGUGUCUUACUACACGUCUUUCGUAGUAAAAGAUGAGCUGUGGCUAGUCAUGAAGCUGCUAAGUGGAGGUUCUGUUCUGGAUAUUAUUAAGCACAUUGUGGCAAAGGGGGAACACAAAAGCGGAGUCCUAGAUGAACCUACCAUUGCGACAAUACUCAAAGAGGUGUUGGAAGGGUUGGAAUACCUGCACAAAAAUGGACAGAUUCACCGAGAUGUGAAAGCGGGAAAUAUUCUUCUUGGAGAAGAUGGCUCAGUACAGAUUGCAGACUUCGGUGUUAGUGCUUUUUUAGCAACUGGUGGUGAUAUUACCCGAAAUAAAGUGAGAAAGACUUUUGUUGGAACCCCUUGCUGGAUGGCGCCUGAAGUUAUGGAACAGGUUCGAGGUUAUGAUUUCAAAGCUGAUAUCUGGAGUUUCGGAAUCACAGCGAUUGAGCUGGCCACAGGGGCAGCUCCUUAUCAUAAGUAUCCGCCAAUGAAGGUUUUGAUGCUGACACUGCAGAAUGACCCACCUUCUUUGGAAACUGGUGUUCAAGAUAAAGAGAUGCUGAAAAAAUAUGGAAAAUCAUUUAGAAAAAUGAUUUCGUUGUGCCUUCAAAAGGAUCCAGAAAAAAGACCAACAGCAGCAGAAUUGUUGAGGCACAAGUUUUUCCAAAAGGCAAAGAAUAAAGAAUUUCUUCAAGAAAAAAUAUUGCAGAGAGCACCAACCAUUUUUGAAAGAGCUAAAAAGGUUCGGAGAGUGCCAGGCUCCAGUGGCCGUCUUCAUAAGACAGAGGACGGUGGCUGGGAGUGGAGCGAUGAUGAGUUUGACGAAGAGAGUGAGGAAGGGAAAGCAGCAAUCUCACAGCUCAGGUCUCCCCGAGUGAAAGAGUUAUCAAGUUCUGAGCUGUUUCCAACAACCGAUCCCGUGGGUACUUUACUUCAAGUUCCAGAACAGAUUUCUGCUCAUCUACCUCAGCCCGCUGGGCAGACGCCCGCACCGCCAACUCAAGUCUCUCUCCCGCCCCCCGCAGAGCCCGCAAAAACAGCUCAGGCUCUGUCUUCAGGAGGGGACUCCCAGGAAACCAAGAUCCCCAUCAGUCUAGUGCUAAGGUUAAGGAAUUCCAAAAAGGAACUAAAUGACAUUCGAUUUGAGUUUACUCCUGGGAGAGAUACAGCGGAGGGCGUCUCCCAGGAGCUCAUUUCUGCCGGCCUGGUCGAUGGAAGGGAUUUAGUCAUAGUGGCAGCUAAUUUGCAGAAGAUUGUGGAAGAACCUCAGUCGAAUCGAUCCGUCACUUUCAAACUGGCAUCUGGUGUCGAAGGCUCGGACAUUCCCGACGACAGCAAACUCAUAGGGUUUGCCCAGCUCAGCAUCAGCUAAAGGACCGCCCUGGAAGAGGGGGCCUCGGGAGAGUCCGCACCUGCGCAUCUCUGUUGCUUCUGUCGGCCCGAACCCACUACUGCCAAAGAACCCGGCAGCGAGCCUCCCAGCUAGGAGCUUUAGGGGUCUUUCUGUAUGUUCUUCCUGCCGCCAUCCCCCCUUUCCCACAGGGAAAGAAAAGUUGGAUCCCCGGUGGCCAGCGUCCCUUUGAAAGAGUUCCGUUAGUAAACUCCCCGCACACGCCCUGUCUUUUCCUCCGGCUCAGAAGCGGCCCGCGUGCCUCAAGGCCCAGGAGGGAGAUCUGUCAGCUCGCCUGGCCUGGCCUCGCCUCACUCGGUGUCGCCUCGCUCGGUGUCGGCACCGCUCCGGGCGGACAGGAGCGGCUCUCCGGGGCUUCCUCGGCGGCCCGCUUUCCCACCCCUGACAGGACGUGGGCGUCUUGGGCUCUCUCUGCACCCCCACUGGAGUAGCGAUUAAGAGUCGACUGCUCAGCUGGAGUCCAGAGAAUUUAAUCUAGCGAUUUUUUUUUUUUUUUUUGUAUCUGAUGUGAAUUCUAGCAGCCUUUGUUAGGAAAAAGCACAGCCUCAGAUGGAGGCAGCCUAAACUGUCUUCUGGUUUUGUUCCUGAUGUCUCCUCCGCGUUCUGCUGAAGCUGCUCUCAGGCACCCCUCGCCCUCCCUCCCGCCCCCCCGGAGAGGGGUGCCCGCCUUAACUUCAGCUGGUGCAAACACCCGACUGUAGUCGGACUUCAGCCAUCGGGUCCUUCACGGUGGAACUUUGAACUGUUUUUAGAGAAAACGUUGAGUAUUGGCUUGUAAACGUGAAUUUUCUCAGCAGUGGUUUUGGACAGAAAAAUCAUAACUCAUAUCAUUGUGGAAGUUAUUUAUUUUGAGAAUUGACAAAAAUUAAACUGAAGCAAAACUCCUCCUCAGUCCUCCCUUGAAAAUCCGUUUGCCUGGCCUCUGGGUCCCGAGGAGUCGCAAGGCCGAGAUUUCCACAGCAAUAAAGGAGGCCCACGCCGGCCCCCGGAGGGGCCGCGCCGCGCUGCACCCGACCCCAGGCGGAAAGUGAAACCACAUGUGCCGUGACUUAGGACUUCUGAGUAGACAGUAUUCAUUUGAUUUUCUACAGAAAUAAUAUAAAUUAUUCUUUAGGUCUUAAAACAGAGCACUCAUAAUGCAAUAUGUGAAUAACCAGUGGGGUGGUUUUUCUUCCUACUGUUUCACAGCCAGCCUUUGUCUAGCUGCAGAUGGCCCUGACACCUCGUGUGCGCAAAAGGGAUCCUCAGUCCGGCCUUAAAACAACGCACGCAGAAGGGCUUCGGCCCGUGGGGGAGGGAGAGUGGCCCCUCGCGCAGUGGGGCCGGCCCUUGGCAGCACCGCUGGCCUGUGAACGGCGGGAUUGCCUCACCCGGUUUUCUCUUGGAGCAUCUCCGAAAGCUGUCCCACAGCUGGCCACAGUUGGCUUGUCACAGCUCCGGUGUCGCCCUGGGCUUGUAGCUUCAGUCACGGGCUUUCUUCACCUACUCUGGAUGCAGAGGCAUGUUGGGAAAGGGGUGGAUGUUGGGCAGUAGGGGCAGGAAUGGGUCUGAGAUGGGGGUUGGGAGGAAAGCAGGUUGGAGAGAGGACCAGACACCCAAGUCCACGGUCCCCGCAGGACUGUGAGCAGGAGGGAGCCUGCUGUUCCUGGAGAGAGGGAAGGAGGGUGAUCAGCUUGCGGGGGUGGGGGAGGAGUACGUAGCUCUUUUCUUUUUUCUUGUUUUCUUUUUUCUUUUUUCUUUUCUCUGGAGGCGGGUAGAAGGAAGGAGGACAGGGAGGGAGGAGGAAGUUGGAAAAGGAGGUAGUAUCCUGUUUGGGCCAAGACUAGUGGCUUAACGUAGAGUCUGUGUUUCAGUGUCAAGUAAGCCCGUCAUGAUCUACUUAGGAGUCCGAGGGGCGCGGCGUCACUGGUCUGGCUUUCUCUUUGGGGCUGAUCUGAAGCUCAGGCUGGGGGUAGGCCGCAGCCCAUCCUUGGGUUCGGUUUCUGCAGCCAGCUGCUGCCCGGGAACUGCGGUGGGACAGGCAUGGCCGUAGAAGUGAGCUGGGGCUUUCUCCUUCCUUUCAGUUCAUUUUUUGCCCUGCUGGGAAUUAGGAGUCGUCACCCAGCCCUAGGACAGUGUUAUUUCUUCUUCUGCAUGACGGUGGGCUCUUUGCCGACUGCGCAGUGAUGCUGAGAAUAUCAGUGAACAGAAGCUUUCCGGGUGGGACAGCACGUGACCUAGUGAGAGACCUCACUCCUUUACAGAAGUGGUGGGCGGUUGAGGGUGCACCUCUGUCCUGAGGUCCCCAGGAGUCCCUGGUCCCUGGGGUAGGGACUGACUUUAGCACAAGGUAACAUGUGCCAAUGCUGUUUGUGAAAUGUAUGGUCUUUCUAAAUGACUGUUGGAUUUGUUUGGGGUUUUUUGCUUAAGUUUUGAACCAAAUCCUAGAGCCAGCUGGUAACUAUUUAAUAAUCUGGAGAAUGGAAUAAUGGUGUAUCAAUAAAUGGAGGUUCCUCCCUAUGACGUUUGCUAGAUUAUGGAAGAUGUAAAAUAUUUGACUCCUCCCCCUUUUUUGACUUUGUAUUUUGCUGCAUGUUUUCUUCAUUUUUAAUCAAUAAAGAGUAAAUUGUC